GGCAUUAUUGUUGUUAUUAGUACCUACUUACUUCCUCUUAGCAUCCGUUCGAUUUUUUGCUCUGCCGGGCUUGGACAUUGCGGCAUGGUACCGGUCUCCUUCCGCGACGUUUCCAUUAUGUUGUCGAAGUCGUAGUGAUGAUGGUCACUUUUCGAUGGGGAGGCAAUGUGUCUUCGAUUACGGCACCAACAACACGUGAAACGUAUCCGCGAGUGCGACGCAUUUGUCCCGUGUAGACUCUCCCUGACCCCUCCCCUCGCCCCGUUCCCUCCCUACGAUGAUAACUCGACAAUUCGGUGACGAAUCAAAGAAGUUUCGACAGAAGAAGAAUAAAGUCGAAGAGGACAAAAGCUGUCCUCGCUCAGCUAAUCGUUGCUUCGCUUCGUUUCUGCCCACCGAGGGCUGAAAACUCGACUUGGCCAGGAGAAAGGAGAACACACUAAAGAGGGAAAAGUACGAGUGAGAACGGAGUAUGAAAAAAUUUUUCGAGUAUGUCAUUUUGUGGUCCUAAUCUGAUUCUCCCGAUAUAGUGCGUUUAUAGGAAGCACAUUUAAAAUCAUAUUCGUGCAUUUAACAGGAACAUGUGAUGAUCAUGUGUAGGAUACGCUGAUGUGGCCCAUGUUCUCUAAGUACUGCUUCAUCCUGUCUCUUGGAUAAAUGAUAGAGGACAAAACAUUUCGUUACGGAGUCAGCGUAUAUAAUGUCCUAAAAUACGCAACGCGGAUAUACUACGCAGUAAGAUCAAACACAAGUAACGGCACCAGAAAAUGAAAUCGUUGCUCCAGAGCAGCUCAAUAUUUUACUGCGAAGUGUUGACGUCCUUAUCCUGUCAAUGUACCUGUUAUUCAUAGAUCAUACAUGCGUAACAAACCAUCAUCCGCAAUGUUGUUACUGGUUCCCCUCGGACUGUUACAACUUUAUGUACAACCCCAAACCCACAUCCAAGAUGGACACCUCAUUGGAGGUCAUGCCCUAACAGCUGCUACAUUUUUGUCAAGAAAGCCAUUACAGUUUGCAUCAAGCCGUACCUACACAACCAGAAGAAGCCCUAUUUAUCCAGGCUCUGUCUACUCUACGGCCUACGGCUUGAAUCCAUCAUUUCAACCCGACUACCGGCCAAACAUCGCAUACAAUACAGCCGGACAAAACGAGUUAGUACAGCCAGUUGUUCUUGCUGCAGCUGACCCAACAUCCGACGAAGGGAGAUUUACGGAACCUCGGGUAUUCUUCGACGAUGACUACAAUGAAGUUAGCCAAGUGAGGCGAUUAGAAGAAGGACUUAGGGAAGAAAGACUGCGACAAAAUCUCCAUCAACAUCCGCCUGGAACUACUCCAGUACGAGAGACCCGUCGGUAUGAGAAGAGUGUCGAAGGUGACCUUGACUUUUCGGAAGAUAAAAAGCUGAAAUUGGCAGGACGCCGAAAACGUGAUACGGCCAACAAUACGGCCAGUUCAUCUACUCCAGGGACAACUAUAAUACAACCGGCGGCAACAAUGAUGACGAUAUACUCUCAGAAGAUCCGACCGAUAUUGAAGAAAGAUACAUCGGCAUUCCAGAAACGAACGCCAUUUCAACAAAAUAGCUGUGGUAGACGAUGGGAACAGCAGCCGUAACACGACAACCGGAAUGAUUUUAGCAAGAAAGAUUAAACAUAUGGUUCAACCUUCAAAAUAAUCAGCGGUCGCGAGGAGGCUAACGGAAUCAAUGACAGCUACAGGUUGGCUGCCAAAACAUAGGUCUUUGAGGACACCCAGGAUCCUACAAAGCGUUUCAAGGAAUACUCGGCGAACAGAAUUGUGAUUAAGGAACAACUGAUUGACAAAAUGAAAUUGCUGAAAAGCAGAAAUUUUAGUAAUCAAAUAAAGCAAAAAUAUUAGUCAUUAUUCGUUUUAGGACCAGAGGCCUAUUUAUCUGCGCGAUUUCCUACACUGUUGUUGGUGCUGGAAGCAAAUGAUUUUUGUAAAGGCAGCUGCACAAAUAAACCAUUAUUAGCUUAACUACAAGUUUCCUAUCUCAAUCUAAUAUAAUAAUGAUAAAAACCGACAUAGACUAGUUCCGCUUAGGGAUGGUGAGCGUAUGCAUUUCAUAGAGAAAGAAUUUUAAACUAGUUCACCAUUUAAUGUACAGAGAAUAUUGUAGCGUAUCAAACUCAAAUUAACUGUUUUCUUUUACACCUUGCAAAUCGUCAACUUAUAAUUUAUAUAACUAUGCAAGAAAUUUUCGUUGGAUUUGUGAAUGCGAUUUCAGCCGAGAGUUUAAGCAUGAGUAAAACAUUAAUAAGUCAGUAAGUGUCGAAUUUUUGUUUCAUGUAUUUCUCUAUAAUCUAAUUCAUUGUUUUCGAUUUUUCCAUCAACCCACAGAGACGCCCCUUCAGUUGUAUUUUUUAACCAAUAAUAAAUACACGAACAUUGCUUAGGCUAAGUCCUAGGUUUGUUCUGACGCACUGCUAACGAAUUAAUUUAUAAAGCCGUCUCGAUUUCUUUGAAUGUGGUAAGGUGUGCUUUAUUACUUUUGCUGCAAAACAACGCUAGCAUAAUGAUUACUGAGACUGACAGGACUUACGAAAGUAUCAGUAAUUUCGUGUUUUCGACGCAUCAUUAUGUUUUUAAUGGGUUCGUCUGGUCCGAUCUGUGAGACGAAGUAGAAUAACGGCCGGUAUUGUUUGCUAGGGGGACUGGUAAUAUUGUAAAAUAUGAACUCAAUAUUAAGAAAGAAACCACUGUUCAAAAUGGUUAAGGGACACUACCUUAAUGUAUAAAAACAUUUGCUUGAAGCAAAUUAAAUAAAUUUAUUAAAAUCCCGGCCAGCCAUUUUGUCCUUUCUUUACGUUCGUCUAAGCUUGGCCUUCGCAAUUCAUAUAUGAUUAAAGCAAUGUUUUAAAAAAUCUUUACGUUUUUGGAUUUACUCCUAAAUUAAUAAAAUUAAAAGCCUACACUAAUUGCAACAGUUCUUUUGUAUUCGAACAAUAAUACAUACGUUUGAAGGGAACGAUUAUGUAUUGGUAUUCUGUAUAUGCCUGG